GACAUGCAGUUAUCACUAAAUUGGAUAUCGGGCCCCGACCCAAAAUUCAAAAGAAGAAAAUCAUACCGGAAUUACCCGUCUAGACUUUCAAACUGCAGCAAGUGAAUUGUUCUUCACUGGUCGCUUAACAAGAAAAUUCUAUUUCUAUACAGAAAAAUGAAGUGAGAAAGAAAUCCAGAAGAAAAAUGGACCAAAACCAGAGAUCAAUAGCAGCUACAACAGCUGCUUCUCGUGGUUACCAGUUCCAGCCGGCCCGUGCUGCCAUUAUCGAUCUCUUUAAUCUCUAUUUAGGAAGAAGUAGCCGCCAAAAACAUGACGAUUCAACACGCGAACCACCGAACAAAACACAAAAGCGAGUACUUGCUCUCAACAGAGAGUUACCUCCCCGAAACGAGCAAUUCCUUAUAAAUUUUGAACAACUGCAGAGCCAGUUUCCGGAUCAAGAUCAGCUGCGAUCUGUCACCGAAUCAGUGCUUAUAUCUUUAGUUAUUCAGUGUUGUAACCAUGCCCCUCGUGCAGAAUUUCUCCUUUUUGCACUGAGGAGCUUAUGUAGUAUAGGGUAUAUUAACUGGGAUACCUUCUUGCCAUCUCUGCUUUCUUCUGUAUCCUCUGCGGAAAUGUCAGCUGGUCAAGCUGGUCAAACUGUGUCAGCUGUCUCAUCUAUGAAUUCCUCGCAGAAUGUGAUACUUCCUUCUUCUAGUGCAAUCCCUAAUUCAUCAAAUUUUCAACCUUCGAAUCCUACAUCUCCAUUGGCUUCGGUACAUGGUAUUGGUUCUCCUGUUCAGUCUGCAAUUGAACCGUCUUUGCUUGCAACAGUGUCUCCUGUUAAAUCUUCUGAUAUUUCUGGUAAUGGGCAACCUUCUACAUCAAGAGUUAACUUAUCUAGUAGGGAUAAUGCUAUAUGUAGCCUACGCCAACUAUGCUGUAAGAUUAUUUUAACUGGUCUUGAGUUUAAUUUGAAGCCAGCUACUCAUUCUGAGAUUUUUCAUCAUAUGUUGAAUUGGCUGGUUAACUGGGAUCAAAGACAACAUGGAGUUGAUGAAUCUGAUAGUGUGAGAUCCUGGAGACCUGAAAAAGCUCUGAUUGAAUGGUUGCACAGUUGUCUAGAUGUUAUUUGGCUGUUAGUUGAUGAGAAUAAGUGUAGAGUGCCCUUUUAUGAGUUAUUGCGCAGUGGUUUGCAGUUUAUAGAGAAUAUACCUACAGCCCAAAAAAAGCAAGUCAGAACUUUUAUGCUUAUAUUUAUUAGUGUCCUAGGUUCUCAUACCAAAGAACUUUUAUGCUUAUAUUCUUAGUCUCCUAGGUUCUCAUACCAAGAAUACUACAAUAAUCACUAACAAUUCUGGCUUCAUGCAGGCAAGUUGGAGCCUGCAAUACAAACUGAGGACAGGAUUUUUGAGUUACCUCAGUCGCCCAAGUCAACCAAAAAUCCCUAAUUUGCCU